AUGGCGACAUCGCGGCCGGACCGGCAGACGCAGCGGUACGACCGCCAGCUGCGGCUGUGGAACAAGUCGGGGCAGGCGGCGCUCGAGCACGCACGCGUGCUGGUCGUCGGCGCCUCGGGCCUUGCGGGGCAGAUCCUCAAGAACCUCGUGCUGCCGGGCCUCGGUGGCUUCACCGUCCUCGACGGAGCAACCGUGCAGAAGGACGAUAUCGGGACCAACUUUUUCCUCGAAGAGGCGAGCGUCGGCAAGCCGUAUGCGGACGAGCUUGCGCGGCUCGUCGCUGAGCUGAACCCGAGCGUGUCGCACGCGGCGCGCGUCGAGUCACCCGCGGCGGUCCUCGACGCGGAUCCCGACUUUUUUACGCAGUUUUCCCUGAUCUUGUGUGUGCGCCAACCGCGCGAAGUGCAGGAGCGCGUCGCCGCGCUGGGCUGGGAGCACACGCCCGCGAUCCCGGUGCUGUGCGCACACACCUCGGGCUUCCAGGGCCUGUUUCAGGUGAGCGUGCGCGAGCUCGGCAUCGUCGAGACGCACCCCGAGUCGCUGGUCGAUCUGCGCCUCACGCGCCCGUUUGACGAGCUGAGCGCGUACGCGGCGUCGUUCGACAUGGACACGACCGACUCGAUGCAGCGCAGCCACAUUCCGUACGUCGUCCUGCUGCUGCGUGCGCUGCACGACUGGAAGGAAGAGCACGGCACGCUCCCUGCCUCUUCGUCGCGCGCCGAAUUCCUCGCGUUUCUGCGCAAGCGCCGGCCGGAAAGCGAUAGCGAAAACUACGACGAGGCGCACGCGGCGCUGGCGCAGCACGUAUGGCGCCCCCUGCAGUCGCCGGCCGUCCCGCCGAACGUCGCGGGUGUCCUGGGCGACGUGCAGGCAAGGGAAAUCUCGGCCAAGACGCCACUGUUCUGGCUGCUGGUCGCCGCGCUCCGUAAGUUUGUCGACGAGGCGCAGUGCCUGCCGCUCUCGGGCGCACUGCCGGACAUGAAGGCGACGUCUGCGACGUACGUCGCGCUGCAGCACAUCUAUGUCGCAAAGGCGCGCCGCGACCUGGACACGUUCCAGCGCCACCUCGACGGCGUGCUGCGCCAGGCGGGCGUGGACCGCAGCGAGGUCGGCCUCGACGACGACCAGGUGCGCACGUUUGUCAAGCACGCCGCGCACCUGCGCCUCGUGCGCGGCCGCCGCCUCGAGCAGCAGCGGGCCGAUCCGGACGUGGGCGCGAUGGCGCUGGCCUUUGCGGACCCCGUGAAUCCCGUCACGGUGCAGUACCUCGUCGCAUUCUUUGGCGCAGACACGUUCUAUACAAAGCACGGCCGCUACCCCGGCCAGGCGCCGGACGCGCAGCUUGACGAAGACAAUGCGGCGCUCCUCCGCGAGGCGAUGCAGUACGCCGCCGACGUCCAUUUGGAGCUGUCAAAGGACGACGUGGAAAAGCUGGCGGACGCAUGCCGCGAAAUGGUGCGCGGCGCCCAAACCGACCUUUCGUCCACCGCCGCGUUCCUUGCCGGGAUUGUGGCGCAGGAGACGAUCAAGGUGCUCACGGUGCAGUACAUCCCACUCGACAAUACCUGUGUCUAUGACGGUGUGUCGCAGGCUAUCGGCAGUAUCCGACUGUAG